AUGUUCUACCGUCGUCAUCAGCUAAUGCUCCGGAUCGGCCUCUUCUACUCAGCAGCUUUUCUAGCUGGGGCAUUCGGUGGCCUUCUAGCCACAGGUCUUGCUCAAAUCGAAACAUCGAAAUAUCGAGGAUGGCCUUCCAUUUUCUUCAUUGAAGGUGCGAUAGCUGUCUUGGCAAAGUUCUUGACUGAAGAAGAACGUGACUUGGCUGUUAAGAGAAUGAACAUCCACGCCGGAGGCGCAUCCGCGAAACCAAAUGUGGACAUCGAGAAAUUUAACUGGGAUUCGGUCAAGGUAGCGAUUCUGAACUUCGAAACCGCCGUUCUGUCGCUUCUUUACUUCGCUAUUAUCACUCCUAUCUACUCCUUCUCGCUUCUCCUUCCCACCAUCCUACGCACACUAGCCUACAGCAAAGUCAUCACGCAAUUACUUACAGUCCCACCAAAUAUGGGAGGAUUCCUUGCUGUUCUGAUGAUGCUCGGUGGCGUCGCAGUCGCAAUUGUUGGGUACAUCAUGCUCAUAGCAAGCGCGCGCGGUCUUGUGCAGUACGGAGGAACCUUUUUGGUAGCCGCCGGUAUCUUCCCUUGUAGUCCACUUAUUCUUGGGUGGCUUUCAAAUGAUCUCGCGCCGCAUUAA